CGAAGACUGGUCAAAUAUCAUUUACACGACCGUUCACAGGAUUGCAACAAGAGAGGCCCGGCGAGACCACUGGUCAUCAGCCUAAACUGUGCUCGUGUAAAUAGUUGAAGCGUGAAAUAAAACUCAAGCCAGUCUGCUGGAGUUGGGUUGAUAAAACAUCCUUCAAGUUCAGGCUGGUGAAAGUCCCAAAGAACUUGACAGCCACGGCCCUGGGGAAAAGCUGCUCCUUAGACUGCUUGCCCAGGUUUUAAUGGACCGGUGUCUCUUCCCUGAGAGGGCAGAGGCAUGAACAGGUUGUGACCUGGGUGAGCUGGGUCCCUGCUUACGCUGCCGGCUUUCCGUUUGAGGUGUUGACUGCACGCUGCAUGCAGCUCUGGCAGUGUACAUUUUGUUUGGACCCCACGAGACAACUUGAGACACUGGCAUGGGAUGCUCUCUCAUGUGUGCCUGUAGACGUUUGGCUCCCUGCAAGCAAAUUUACAUGACAGCAAAGGCAAACUUGUAAGAUUACAAAUCAAGCCUGCAGCCACGAUGCAAACUGUCUUUGUCCAGAGUGUGAGGAUUCUGUGGGGUCCCGUGCAAGCAUCGAGGAGUCUGCAAAUCAAGAGUGUGCAAAGAUCUGUGCACCAACACAAAAAGAUGAUGGACAACGACAAACCGUGGGCUCUGAUCUCCGAGGUGGGCGAGCAGGGCAUCCUGGAGGAGGCCAUGGAUCUCCUGAGGCAACACUUCCAGCUGGUCCUCCACCAGGACUUCCUGCGGGACCCCCAACUGCACGGCCCCAAAAUCCAGGUGCUGUUUCAGUGGCUGUGCGCCCCGCAGGCCACGCCGGCGCUGCUCAGUUCGCUCCCAGCCCUCAAAUUAAUCGCCAGCGGGGGGGCGGACUACGACCACCUGGACCUGCCCUACGUCACCAGCUUGGGGCUGAAGGUGGCCAACACGCCCGGGGUGGUCAGCGACUGCACUGCGGACAUGGCCAUGGGGCUCCUGCUGGCGUCGGCACGCACCAUCGUUGAAGGUCAUCAGCGGGUGAUGGACCCCGAGACCACCUGCUUCCCUCAAUGGUUGGGAGGCGUGGAGGUCACAGGGUCAACUCUGGGGAUCAUCGGAAUGGGAAAGAUCGGAGAGAAGAUCGCCCAGCGCGCCAAAGGAUUUGACAUGAAUGUCCUGUAUUACAACAGAAACAGACGGAGCGUUGAGGUGGAGGAGGCGGUGGCAGCGAGCUACUGCCAGAACAUGGACGACCUGCUGAUGCGCUCCGACUUUGUCAUGCUGGCAGUCUGUCUGACCCCCGACACCACCGGCCUCAUCAGCACCCGAGAGUUGGGCCUCAUGAAGCCCACAGCGACACUGAUCAGCAUCAGCAGAGGUCCCGUGGUGGACCAGGACGCUUUGGUUGAGGCUCUGCAGGCCAGGACCAUACGAGGAGCUGCUUUGGAUGUGACUUAUCCUGAACCUCUACCAAGGUCUGCCCACACUCUCCCACUCAAUUCAUGGAGGUUCUUGGAGCAUUACAAGCAAAAACUGGCAAUGUUACAAUGUGACUUGGACUCGAGUCACAGUUUUGAUGACUUUGGACUCAAUAUCAAUCAGUAUCAUCAAAGACUUGCAACUCAACCUGGACUUUGACAUCACUGACUCGGGACUUGCCUUGGACUUUAGCCUGACGACUUAAAAAAUACCUGAGAUUUGUUGUUGUUGAGAUGUGUUUGACUAAUAAAAGACUGAUCAUUUAUGAAUUAAUUAAUUUCUGGUUUGUAAAUGCUGAAUGCUGUGUCACACUGGUCUUAUUUUAUUA